CAAUGCUUGCCCCACCUACAUACGAGUCCCAGGGCCCCAGCGCUCCUCCGGCCAACAUGUUUGACAUCCUGCCCGGAUAUGAAGGAACAAUAGCUGGAGGGGGAGGUGGAUUUCUGCCACCUCCUAUGCCUGCUUCCCCAGCUCCCCAGCCCUUACCUGGAUCUGGACAACCCCACUGGAACAUCCCAUCUAUCUCUGAAGAAACGGCUCGGGAUGCCUUCAGCCUGUACGCCUCCAGUAAAUGCUGCUACAGUUCAGCACCAGCGAAGGACGGCGUGAUAAUGAACAUGGAAGCAUUCAACACAUACAGGUACCGUCUGGAAUCCUUCACUGAAUCGAGGUCUACAGAGUGGAGUCAGGAGCCAUACACUGGUCAGUCCGUAGAUGCCAUGAUCCAGAGACCUCCAGGGCCCUGGGAAAUUCCUGCAAAUGCACCUAAUUUCUUUAUGGACAGCAAACAACAAAUCAAAGUUCCCUACACAUCAUCUGUUAAGCCCUGCCACAACUGUUUGGGAAUGGGAAGAAAACCUUGCAAAGACUGUUCAGGUGUUGGUAAUAAAGUUUGUUGGGUGUGCAAUGGGUCUGGUUUGCGGUUUGGGACUGACCAAUGUAACCACUGCUUUGGUAGAGGGAGAGAUAAAUGCACUCUCUGUGGUGGACAAGGAUCAACGAUUUGUGACACAUGUCGUGGAAAACAGCAGCUCCUGGUUUACAUCAACCUCACUGUGAAAUGGACUAAUAACGCCGAGGAUUAUGUUGUGGAACAGUCAAGUGGACUUCGGUUGGACAACCUCAGCAAGGUGUCUGGGAAAGAGUUGUUCAGAGACUCUCAGUACAUGGUGUAUCCAGUGAUUGGUUUUCCAGACCCUGAAAUCAUGCAGGCUUCACAGCGCCUUGUCAGUGAUCAUCAGGGCAAAUACUCCCAGUCAUCACGCAUUCUGCAACAGCGUCAAACCAUAGAGCUGAUCCCGGUCACAAGGGUCACCUACUCGUGGAAAGGGAAAACACACAUUUACUUUGUUUACGGAAAUGAGUUCAAAGUUCACACUGAUGACUAYCCUGCUACUUGCUGCUGCUCUGUAAUGUAGCUGCUGUGACUUUGUUUAUUUUACUUUACUAUUGGCACUGAAUAUUUUAGUCCAAGUCACUUGCAUGCAAUUGUAUUUGGACAGGCACUAUGAAAUAUGUGAACAUAAAAGUAAAUCAUUUUUGAACUACUAAAAA